GAGGAGGAGGAGAUCCACUUCCGCAUGUGAGCAGGACCUGGCCACUCCAGCAUCACUUUCCACUCAGGAACGGAUGCAUCGGCCCCGACAGUGCGGAGGAUAAGGAACAAACGAAGGAGGAGAAUCAGAUACCAGUUUCCCCCACUGACAUCACGGGCCGUUGUGGAGAUGGCGAACGGGGACGUGGGGGUGUCUGUGUGCGUUCUCGUGGGGGUGGUCCUGCUGUGCGAGGCAUCCCGCAGGCUGCUGAAGAAGAGUGCACUGUUCGCGGAAACCGCACUUGAGGUGUACGCUGUGGAGUUUGUAUCCACGUUGCAGCUUUGCUGUUGCACGCAUGAGCUCAAGCUGUUGGCCGAGGUAGGACGCGUGGAGCCGCGACUCUCGCUGACGCUCACUUACCUGGCGUGCGUGGUACACGGGCUCACCUUCGGCGGCGCGCUCGGUAACGCCUGCGGCGCGCUCGAGCGUGCCUGCAGCAAAAGGAUCGCGGGCAGGUGUGCCCUGCAACGGGUCGCGUGUCAGUUCGCUGCGGCGUGCGUGGCUCGCGCGGUGGUGCCACAGGUGUGGGGUCUCGGUCUCUCGGACCUCCACCUGCGACACAAGCUCCUCGGCUUCCGGUGCAUCAGCCAGAUCCGUGCUACUCUACCGCACACCGCCGCGGUGGAGUUCGCGGGCGCCUUCUGCGUGCAGACCGUGAUUUCCCGCACGCAGGCGGUGGAGGAGAAAUACCGUGUGCACUUGAUCGCGGUUGUCGUCACCACUCUGGUGUACGCAGGUGGUAGUGUGAGCGGGGCAGUGUUUAACCCCUCGCUGGCCUUCUCUACCCAGUUCCCCUGCAGUGGGAACUCCUUCCUGGAGUACAGUCUGGUGUACUGGGCGGGUCCACUGCUAGGAAUGUUGACGUCGUUGCUGGUGUUUGGCCCAGUCGUUCCGAUGUUGUGGCCGACUUCGGACCCCACUCCCUACCGCCCUCUGGAGACUAAGAAGGGGAAAUGAGAAGAAUGACCACCACUGUGGGGGGGUCAGAGGGAAACAUCGAGACAUUCAUGAGCACUGAAGGUCUAUAACCACAGGUGUAGAUCCACCUCUGGCGAAGCAGGGCAUUGCAAAGCUCUUUCUGAUUGGCUGAACUGGUGUCAGGUAUUUGCAUGAUGAGUAUGACAACUGAUUAGUGGUGCCAUGUGUUGUUUGGGACGUUUUGACUAAGCAUGGUUUACUAUUCCAUUUUAUUUAAAAAGGGGUGAAUAUGUUGGUACCUUGCACAGAGCACUUCUUUAUCAAUAGGUUAUUAGAUAAGGACUAUAGACACUACUGUAACUACUUGAUAACUAGUUUAUGUUGAUACACUGGCUAAGAUAUCCAUUAGGAUUAUUUGAGUUAAUGAGCAUAUGACAAAUAAUUAAACCUCAAAAUUUUAUUAAAUGUAUGGAAAAGUUACGACUAAUCACCUAUUCACUGUGAAGAUUUAUAUGUUUCACUGUAAUGCGAGUAGUGCAUAGUAAUGUUUCUUUGAAUGUUGUUUUCAAAGCACACAAUCACUUAUUAACUGCCACGGGUGACAUUGCAAUUUGUUUCUGAUUGGCACCAAGGGAUGUCGCUUCCAAUGAAGAGAUCCAAGAAACUGAAACCGACUUGGGGACCACAAACUGUAAUAGAUGUCCCAAGAAUCAUGUACUAUUGAAGUUUGAUUUUCUAUGCGAAGCUUUACAACAUUCCAUUAUGAAUUUAUUAUUUUUUAUAUCUUUCAUUUGGUGUUCGAGGAUUUGACCCUGCUGAAGUGCCGUUUGGCAAGGCUUUUAAAGAAACUAGCUGCUGGUUCUGUUCGUUUUGACAAGACAAUUUAAAAUGCGAGACAAAUGUUCAACUGUUAUAACAAGUCUAUAAUUCACUUUAUUUGUAUGUUUGUCUAUUCAUUUAAUGUCAAAUAAAACUAUCGAACUUGAAUUAUGAAAAA